AUGCACGUCGCACGGCAUAAGGGCAGCUUGACUAACGGCGGACUGGGCCGCGGGUCAAAGCAGGCGGCCGAUCCCGGUGAUGACUGGAAAGCACAAAGUGAGAGCGAGGUGGAGAUAAGCUGGGAUAGCGGUGCCGAUGGUAACAGCACGAGUACAUCACACAUUGGCUCGUCAACUGCUCCUCAACAGCCCGCCACACCUUUGAGCCCUCUCUUCCAAUACUUCUCACUCCUCGCCUCCUACCACGGCGCCCUGCACAUACCCCGGUACUGGGCAGAUCUCUUUCACGUGGCGUCGGUCACAGAAGGAAAAGAUGUUGAUGGCAGCGCCAGCGAGCGCGGUCACGAGUGGGCUGGCGAGCUCAUCUCCCCUGUAACGGAGAUUGACCUCAGCGCUACCUACGCGGGACCGACCACACUCCUGGCCCUUGGUGACGUGCUUCGUGUGCACUGCGUUACCAAACAGCGAAGCGACAGCCAGCGACGACCUCUUUCUGGAAAGAAAGACAUGGUUACGCUGCCUGUCGUGUUGGCACCACUCUGGGGCGCGGGCUCGCGUCGUGCAAGCGAGGGAGGGGAGGUGAUGUGCUCAUUGCUGCCGGACUUGACAACGCUGCGACUCACUCAUCUCUCAAUGGACUUCACGGCACCUUGCGACGCCAGCACGUUGAAAGGCGGGAACGCGGUGCUGCGCCACAUGCUGGAGGCACUACAGGGCCACCCCUCCCUGAAGGUGCUGGAUGUCUCCGGCAACCCGGUGGCGGCGGCGCUUGUCCCAGCCAUUUCGCGUCUGGCUCAAAUGACGCCGUCUUUGACGACACUUGUGCUGGACGACACGCUUAUCACGGAUAGUGAGAAGAAGAUGCUUCGUGCACAGUGCUUGCUCAAUGAAUUGCGAAUGCAGCGCGCAACAGCCGAUAGCGUGGCGGCGACAGUUUCGGGUGGCGCUUCAUCGACAUCCUCUUCCGACUCUGCUACCCAAGCUCUGUGGGCUGCGCAGAUGGCGGAGAAGGUGUUCAUGGCGGUGGAGCGUGGCGCCUCGGCCGUGCCAGGGCUCUUUGGGAGGUCUACUACUCUGAUUCAUCGCUACGAUGCGCCUCAGACGGCACAGACGAACGCCUCAUCUUUAGAAAAAAAAUCAAGGGAGUUGCGCAUGUCCUACAACGCGUGCAAGAAAUCCGAGCUGGGCUCCAACUCGGUGACUUCGUUAUCCGUAGCGGAUGUGGCGCCAAUGAUGGAACUGACAUAUGUGACCUACGACUCGUCAAGCGAAGGCGGUGCUGCUGCGACUGCAGCAGCGGCCCCGCCGGCGGGUACGACGUGGGGUGUCGAGUGUGUCGAGGUGGUACGAUGCGCCUUCAUGUCCCGAUCGCUGGCGCAGCGCACCGUGCUCGGAGGGCGGCUGGUGUGGUCCAACGUCCCGAAGCCUCUCGAAGCAGUGGAAUCAAGGGAUUUGGCUACACCGUCGGCCGUUGCGGUAGCAGCCACCGAUCUCCUCCUUAGUCUCCGUCAGCAAGUACUUCCCGAGCCAGAGGCCCCGCCGGCACUGCGGCGCGACUCCGUACGUGAUCCCACCUCUCUCACCAUCGCGGAGGAGAACUACUGGACCCUGCGGAAGAAGCAGGACACACAGUGGGGCUAUGUUAUGCAGAAGAUCUCGGAAAACUUGAUCCCGGUAUACGUGCGCAGCGGUCAAACCCUCUAUGUGGAGGGUAGCCACUGCGACAGUAUCUACCUUCUCCCUGUAUCGCUCCAGGCGACGCGCACCUACGCAGAGGUGCAAGCUGGCACGGAUCUGCUACGAGUGAACCGAGUCCUGCCAGGCCAGUGGGUCGGCGACGCCGAGGUUCUCGACUGUCUGUCUAUCUACGCCAAGUAUCAUACUUCGACUGCUGGCGGCAGCGCUGUCGUGCCCAACCUAGGGGCCGCCUUUCAGCGCAGGAGUGCCGUGCGCAUUGUCACCGAGGCAACGGGUGACAUCGUUGUCUGGGCGCUUCCUUUCCCUGUUGCCUUCUUUUACCUAUACGCCCCGUAUCAGCUCCUCCACAAGCACUUCGUCCACCGCACCCCAAUGGGCGCCUUCACCCACAUCCACCCGGUCCACAUUGCCUGUGUGCCGGUGCACUUGCACGCGAACCACGGCUGCUGGAAUGUCGAAGCAGGACAGGGCUGCGACAGCAAUGCCGCGCCGAUUCUUUGCCGAUACGCAUUCAUGUCGCGCCAUGUCGUGCUACUGGAGGAGGGCGAGUUUGUGCUGCGCCUGCCUUCGUUGGCCAAUCCUGUGGGAUCCCGCAAGGGUGACGCCACAGGGGCGUCAACCGCAGGGUCGAUGGAGUACCACCACCUCUUGUCCGGUGUGACUGUGCUGACGCAACCUCUCCUAGACCUUGACGCUGAACUCCGAGCCACCACCGCCAAAGGGGUCACUGAGAAGGACGUUGCAAGUGUCACGUACGGCCGCGGACCGAAGGGAGUGCAUGUCCUCGGCAAGGAGGCAGCACUCCGCCGCUUCCGUGCGGCCAAGAUAGCGCACACGGAGGCAGGCACUGCGCCGCAGCGUAAUGUACCCAGUGGGACAGCAGAUGCGGCUGGGGAGGAAGUUAGCCGUAACGACAGCGACGGAGGCGCUGCGGAGCUUCGACAGUACCGUGCUGGUGGACGGAUGGCGCGGUGGCGCUACGCCGCCAUCGCUAACGAGCAGUUCACUGCCCUCUGUCCUGAACUGCGCGUUGCCCUGACUCAGCACAGCUUCGUGGUGCACGACGUGUGA